GGGGGGGACGCGGACGCAGAGGUCGCGGUGGACCUCAGGCUGAGGGGACGGGGACAGAACGGGGUCCCGUGCUGACAGGUCCCCGGCCCAGCGGGUCCCCGGGCCGAGGGGCGCGUCCUGACACCGUGCCCCGGUCUAGAGCACCCGGGGCAGCGGGGCGCAAGGGCGGCGCGUGAAACGGAGACGGAAACCGGGGACCGAGAACUGCGCUCCCGGCUGGGGAAGACACUAGACAGCGUGUCCCGGGGCUUCCAGGGGCAGGCCCCCUCCCGGGAGCGCCUGUGUUGGGGUGACAGAGCACACGGGGAGCCGCUCGACGGCAUCUUGGGGGCAGGGAGUCCCGGGACGCGUAGAAGCGCGGAAUCCCGAGUGUGGCCACCCUGGCGGCGGUGCGUGCCUCCUCUUGCGGAAGAACCCACAGGACCGGCUGUCGGACGCCACAACCCAGGGUCGUGGUGACAGUGAAGGGAGGGCCGCGGCGGGGGUCACCUGGCCUCUUACACCCUGAAGCAUGAUGCUGGCUCUGGGCCAAGUGGAGGGGCCGGGCACGUGGGCUGGAUUCCAACCGGUUGCAGGGGAUGGAGAAUGCAUUCCCCAUACCACCACCACCCCCAGGCACUGGGAAAAGAUUUGAAAGAAACCAACUCUAAACCACAGAAAUACAUCAAGAAAGCCAUUUUCUCAAACAAAGAUCGCCCUUUAACGAUCCUGUGUUUCAAGAUCGGGUUCAAGUAACCUCUACUCCAUGAAGCAUUUGCUGACUCCAGUACUGUUCAUUGCUCUCCAUCUCUUCUAAACCAAAAAUGUGAACAGAGUACUUCACUUCUCCCUCCUCCACUGCCUCCACCCUGACCCAGGCUACCAUCUCUUGCCCGGAUCACUAUACACAUCUCCUGACAGCUUUUCCUGCCUCUACCCUCACCCCACAACAGCCUCGUCUCAACCCAUCGUCCGGAGGGAUCAUGUUAAACCGAAUUACCAUGGUUGACACAGAGAUGCCAUUUUGGCCCACCAACUUUGGGAUCAGCUCCAUGGAUCUUUCUGUAAUGGAUGACCAGUCCCACUCUUUUGACAUCAAGCCCUUCACCACUGUUGAUUUCUCCAGCCUUUCUACUCCACACUAUGAAGACAUUCCAUUCACAAGAGCUGACCCAGUGGUUGCUGAUUAUAAAUAUGACCUGAAGCUCCAGGAGUACCAAAGUGCAAUCAAAGUGGAGCCUGCCUCUCCACCUUAUUAUUCUGAAAAGAUGCAGCUCUACAAUAAGUCUCAUGAAGAGACCUCCAACUCCCUCAUGGCAAUCGAAUGCCGGGUCUGUGGAGAUAAAGCUUCUGGCUUCCACUACGGAGUUCAUGCUUGUGAAGGAUGCAAGGGUUUUUUCCGGAGGACUAUCAGAUUGAAGCUUAUUUAUGAUAGGUGUGAUCUUAACUGUCGGAUCCACAAAAAAAGUAGGAAUAAAUGUCAGUACUGUCGGUUUCAGAAAUGCCUUGCCGUGGGGAUGUCGCAUAAUGCGAUCAGGUUUGGGCGGAUGCCACAGGCCGAGAAAGAGAAACUGUUGGCGGAGAUCUCCAGUGACAUCGACCAGCUGAACCCGGAGUCCGCUGAUCUCCGUGCCCUGGCAAAGCAUUUGUACGACUCAUACAUAAAGUCCUUCCCGCUGACCAAAGCGAAGGCAAGAGCCAUCUUGACAGGAAAGACAACAGACAAAUCACCAUUUGUUAUCUAUGACAUGAAUUCCUUAAUGAUGGGAGAAGAUAAAAUCAAGUUCAAGCACAUCACCCCCCUGCAUGAGCAGAGCAAAGAGGUGGCGAUCCGUAUCUUCCAGGGGUGUCAGUUUCGCUCGGUGGAAGCCGUGCAGGAGAUCACGGAGUAUGCCAAAAGCAUUCCUGGUUUUGUAAACCUUGACUUGAAUGACCAAGUAACUCUCCUAAAAUACGGCGUCCAUGAGAUCAUAUACACCAUGCUGGCCUCCUUGAUGAACAAAGACGGAGUUCUCAUAUCUGAAGGUCAAGGAUUCAUGACAAGGGAGUUUCUGAAGAGCCUGAGAAAGCCCUUUGGUGACUUUAUGGAGCCCAAGUUUGAGUUUGCUGUGAAGUUCAAUGCACUGGAAUUAGACGACAGCGACUUGGCAAUAUUUAUAGCUGUCAUUAUUCUCAGUGGAGACCGCCCGGGUUUGCUGAAUGUGAAGCCCAUUGAAGACAUACAAGACAACUUGCUGCAAGCCCUGGAGCUCCAGCUCAAGCUGAACCACCCGGAGUCCUCCCAGCUGUUUGCCAAGCUGCUCCAGAAAAUGACAGACCUCAGACAGAUCGUAACGGAACAUGUGCAGCUAUUGCAAGUUAUAAAGAAAACAGAGACCGACAUGCGUCUUCACCCACUCCUACAAGAGAUAUACAAGGACUUGUAUUAGCAAAGAAGUCCUGAUUCACUGACAACAUUUUCCUUCUCCUAAUUGCACUAUUACUUUGAGGGAAAAUCCAACACCUAAGAAAUUUACUGUGAAAAAGCAUUUUAAAAAGAAAAGGUUUUAGAAUAAUAGAUCUAUUUUAUGCAUAUUGUUUAUAAAGAUACAUUUACAAUUUACUUUUAAUAUUAAAAAUUACCAUAUCAUGAAAUUGCUG